AUGCACACCUUUUCAAAUAAAAAACUGUUAACAUCUAAGAAUUUUGUGAAUCUUGAAGCUCUCACAUCUACUCCUCCCACUAGAGAUUGCUCCAAAAGUACUUUGAUGAGUGAAGCUAAGAGGUAUUUUGACUCGGAAAGUGGAGCUAAAAUUGCUCAAAAGUUUUUAAGAGAGGAAAUAAGUUCAGUUUCUAGAACGCUAGAGUACGAAGAAGAUCAUCAACAAAAGAGAGUAAAUAACGAAGUGGUUGGCCUGAUACUUUCCAUCCUUUGUGUAGCUCUAAUCACCAUUGUUCACGUCCAAGUCAAGCUGAUGAAUUUAUGGAGCCCCUACCUGACUGUUCAUGAGCUUCUUCUGUUCAUGGGAGUGUUCUUAUUCAUUGUUGGCAUAAUUCUAUGAGUUAUUACAAAAUCAUUCAGACAAGUUCUACAUUAUUCUAGAACUGAAGUUUGGCUUCUUGUAGUGCUGACCUUACUCUCAAGUCUGAACAACUGCUCUUCAAUGUAUGCCUUAGACAGAUUGCCGUUAUCAAAGACAAUAUUUAUGCUGAGUCUGAGACCAACUGCUUGUGCCGUCAUUGCUUUCAUCACUCUCAGAGAACGAUUCACCAUUGUUGACUCACUUUGCCUCAUCGGUGGGAGCCUUGGAGUGUACAUUCUUACUCUAAGCACUCAAGACGACAACAAAGAAGAAAGCUUCGAAGGAUACUUUGCUGCAAUCAUAUGUAUCUGGGCUGGUGGUGCUGUCGCCGUGAUCUACAGGAAACUGAACUUGCUGAAUGUGCACUCAUCAGUCGUUGGAGUUAGCUUAGGAGUUGGAUUUAUAGUCCAGCCAUUCCUAACAACCAUAUUUAUAGAAAAAGUUAUACACUUUGAGAAAUACUCGUGGUUCGAUUUAUUUAUGAAUGCCAGUCAUGGAUUGUUGUGCGCGUUAUUCUUUCUGUUCAUGUUCGUGGCAACAUUUUACAUAAAAGCAUCAGUAUUUUCACCAAGGAUCAACCUGGAGAAUGGAGUAACAGUUGUAUUGGAUGUAUUAUUAUUUCACUACCAUUUUACUUUGCUUGAUUUAUCAGGGAUGGUAGUUUUAGGUAUUUGCAUAUUUAUCCCAAUAUUGGUGUCACUCGCUAAAUCGUAAAAACUAAAAUAUCC